GCUGAAGAGGGGAGAGGAGAGGCGCCUCGCGAAACAAACAAUAAGUAAACGUUCUCCUGCACUAGAUUCGUUUGGACGUGAAACCGUUCUUCGUCUCCCUUGAAGUAAAGUUUGCACGAGUCAGUAUUGUCUGACCUGGGGCUUCGGUUUUGCAUGACAUCUUUGAAAAGAGGGAUACAGCCAACGAGGUUUUCAAUAUUGAACGCUCCUGAGAAGUUUGGACGAUGUGGACAUGUCAUCAAGCAUGGAGAGACUGAUCACUGUGGAAAUAUUCUGCUGGUUUUUACGAGGGCGUUAGAAAUGUAGCUUAAUUUGCAGUGUUUAGUGCGUUAAUAGCGAAUCCGGCUGGGAGUAUUUGCAUUCCCGGAUCGUUUAGACACAGAAUGCUGAGAGAGGUGCGCAAGCGAGCAACAAUUCAUUGAAAAGAAGAGACACGCAGUGCACUUCGUCUGGGGAGCGGGAUCAAAGCUGGUUGUCUGGACGUAGAGAUUUAGGAGCAAGAAAGGUGAGAAAGAAUGUGUGGACAGUAAAACAAGCACAGUGCAACUUCUGACAGUAAAUUAACUAUAAGCUUAGAAACGAGUAAUAGUACAGAAACACUGGAAUUAGACAGCGUUUUACAAUGCAGCCAAUCGGAUUAACAGUUGGAACGCAAGCGAAAACCGAGAACUUGAACUUGUAACAUUCCAUUCUGAUUCUCGCGCAACGUUCGGAGGAGUUGACCAGGUGUUUGCGGCGACUAGCAGCACAUCAGUGUCUCUGUAGACUUGAUAGUGACAUAUGAGAUGAUAUGUAGCUGAACUUUGCAAUGAGCGAAAGGAAGGGUCUGGACUCAAUUUAUGGAUAGCCUGCAUGUUUGCGAAUUUUGACAACAGCGUUUCUAGCACUGAAGUGUCAAACUCCAAGCGCCCUGAACACAGCAAACUUCGAUUGGCGUAUUUGAUUCCGGAGAUUUGUGACAGUGCGGUGUUUGGGCAAAUUUGGAUGCAUUUUUCAACAGUAAUAAGACCAUCGAGGAUAACAUUUACAACGAAGUGGAAUUUAUAAACUGCUGCCAUAAUUGAAUACCUUCGAAUGCGCACGCCGUCUUUCAGGGACGUAGAAGAGUGGAAUUAAAUGAUGACAGAAUCGUGUUUCACCGGGGUUUUUCCCAAGGUUUAACGCACCUCCUGGAAACGUCUCGCAAUUUUGGAUUGCCACCGCAUUGUCCACUCUAAAUAAUCGUUUUUUGAGGGAUAUAAAGCCAAGGGUGAGGUGUUUCUCAUUUGGCUUUCUACUUUCACGCCCCAAAAUGAUGAGCAGCGGUCCCAAUAUUGUGUAUGAGUGGCUGAAGACCUUACAGCUCUGUCAGUACGUCGAAUCCUUUGUUGAUAAUGGUUAUGACGAUUUGGAAGUUUGUAAACAAAUUGGAGAUCCAGACCUGGAUGCCAUCGGGGUUUACAUCCCGCACCACCGGCAGAGGAUACACGACGCGGUGCAGAGGCUGAAGGAAGAGGACAAAGAGACGGCCACCGGGCUGUACUUUACGCUGGAGCCGAUGCCCCCUCCCUCCGAUAUCUACACCAGCCACAUGGUGGAGCAGUACGAGACCAAACUCCGGGGGUCGAAGUCAUGGACUGAACCAAACAGUGACCGGGUGGGAAGAAACCUGGGCUACCUAGGUGCAAACAGGAACCUGACGCUUGGUAAUCGGAAAGAACUGGUCAUUUACCCCAAGCUGAAGCUGAAGAUAAUGAUUAGGGAUAAACUCAUCCGAGAUGGAAUUAACCUCAGCAAGCCGCCCUACUCCAACAAGGAUGGUUCUCUGGGCAACAUUGAUGACCUCGCCCAGGAGUACUCAGAGUAUUACAACACCUGCUUCAGCGACGUCAGCGAUAGGAUGGAGGAGCUACGCAAACGCAGAGUGUCUCAGGAACUGGACGUGGAGAAAGCAGACGCAAGCCCCUCCUCUCUGCAGCUGCGGUCCGAGAUCCAGCAGUCUCUUGGGUUCAGCAGCACAGUGUCCACACCGGAGGCCGAGAGGAAAAUCCCACUGCACAAGUCAAGCUCUGAGGACGGAUCUGGAGGAAAAUGGGACAGCAAGAAGAAAAACAAGUCUUUUUGGCAGAAUUUCCGCAAGUCGCAGAAGGCGGUCGUGCGUCAGACGUCAAAAGGGGAGGACAUUGGCUACGUGGCCAGCGAGAUCACCAUGAGCGACGAGGAGCGCAUCCAGCUGAUGAUGAUGGUGAAGGAGAAGAUGAUCACAGUAGAGGAGGCCCUGGCUCGGUUGAAGGAGUAUGAGACCCAGAGCAGACAGUCCAGCAGUACUGACAAUGCAGAGUGGACUGACGGAUCCAGUCCCAUUGUAAACGAGUCCUCAAACUGCAAUUCGAGGGAGCAGUCAGAUGAUGAGCUGGAGGACUCUGUGAAGUUCAAGCGCCUUCACAAGCUGGUGAACUCUACCCGGCGCGUCAGGAAGAAGCUGAUUAAAGUGGAGGAGGGGAAGAAGCCGGGCUCAGAAGAGUCUCUGAGUUUCGAGCCUUCCCCCACGUGUGAGGACAACACCGCCUUGUACACGGGGGUGCAGAAGAAGCCCCCCAUCCCGCAGGAUGACUCCCUCUCCUCCCUGCUCCAGGAGCAGCUCUCCCUGGACGGCGACUCCGAGAGCCUGACCACCUCCCCUUCCUCCAGCAGCCUGGACACCUGGUCGGGCCACAAGCUGGUCAAGACCUUCGGCAAGUCCGGCAGCAGCCACGGCCUCAUCCGCCCGGUCAAGAAGCCCGGCGGCGGGCUGGGAGUCGGAGGCAGCGGCUCCUCCUUCUCUGAGGCGGAGGGCUGCGGGGAGGAGGACGCCAAGGUGUCGCGCUCCAUGACGGACGGCGAGAUGCGCAAGGCCUUGAACUCGCUGAGCCACGGGGUAAGUAACGAGAGCGUGUACGGCUUCUACGGGCUCACCCGGCCCCGCCCGCACCUCCUGGUGUCUCUGGAGGACGUCCAGAGCCCCAAAAGGCCCUCGCGGCCCAAGAGGCCCGACCCCAACUACGCUUACUCCACCAAGCACUUAAUGUACCAGCGGGCCCGCGCCAAGGCGCCCAGUGGGCCGUCCUCACCGGCACACUGCGACCUGCAGCUGCUGCGGGACAAGGCCAAGGCCGGCGCCGGCGGGGGCUGGGCAUUCCCAGCCCGGAAGCUUCGGGGCAGGACGGCGGUCAGCGAGUUCAACAUCACCUACGUGGUGGAGCGCAGCCUGUACGGCCACUUGAACUGGUCCCAGCUGGUGCGACCGGUGGCGGAGCGGACCCUGAGCAAGGCGGAGCGGCAGGACCUGCGCCGCUGCCUGCUGGAGGAAGAGGGCGAGGCUGACAGGAAGUGGGCCGCCAGCGUGGACCGCUGUACCAAAAGGGUUCUCUUGCGCAUUCAGCAGAAGUCUAGAACCUGCAGUUUUGGAGGGUUUGACCUGUCCAAUCGGUCACUCCAUGUUGUCAACCCCAGCAGUGAUCCUUCUAGCAAAGAACAAGAGGCCAUUUACAGAGAAGUGGUGAAGUCCCCCACAACCUCUCGAAUCUCUCUGGGCAAGAAAGUGAAGUCUGUGAAGGAAACGAUGAGGAAACGCAUGUCCAAGAAGUACAGCACCUCCCUGUCCGAACAGUCGAGCCCUGAUGGGACGCCCAGCUCACCCCAGUCUCCCCAGCCUGACACAGACUCCCUGGAGAAACCAAAACUGAAGGCAGGAGGGUCUGUGGAGAGCCUGAGGAGUUCCCUGAGCGGUCAGAGCUCCAUGAGCGGUCAGACGGUCAGCACCACAGACUCCUCGGCAAGUAACCGGGAGAGCGUGAAGUCCGAGGACGGGGACGACGAGGAGCCGCCUUACAGGGGGCCCUUCUGCGGGCGUGCCAGAGUGCACACCGACUUCACCCCCAGCCCCUACGACACAGACUCCCUCAAACUCAAGCGAGGCGACGUCAUUGACAUCAUCAGUAAGCCCCCGAUGGGCACCUGGAUGGGCCUGCUGAAUAACAAGGUGGGCACCUUUAAGUUCAUCUACGUGGACGUGCUGAGCGAGGAGGAGGAGAAGCCCAAGCGACCCGUGAGGAGGAGGAGGAAAGGCCGGCCGCCCAAGCCCACCUCUGUGGAGGAGCUGCUGGAGCGCAUCAACCUCAAGGAGCACAUGCCCACCUUCCUGUUUAAUGGCUAUGAGGACCUGGACACCUUCAAGCUGUUGGAGGAGGAGGACCUGGACGAGCUGAAUAUCAGAGACCCCCAGCACAGAGCAGUGCUGCUCACUGCUGUGGAGCUACUGCAGGAGUAUGACAGCAGCAGUGACCCAGAGCGCAGCGGUCACUCCGGCUCCCAGGAGAAGCUCCUGGUGGGAGAUUCACCGCGUGACUCUGGGUGCUAUGAGAGCAAUGAGAACCUGGAGAAUGGGAAGAGCAGGAAGACCUCUCGCUCCAGCAGGUCCUCCUCAGGCUUUGAGUCCGGCCGGCUUCAGUCCCCGGACUACCCCACCCUGCCUAUGACUAAGUCCACCGAGGCCCUGCAGCAGGCCAAGAAGGAGCGAAAGUUCAGCAAGCACUUCUUCCUCAAGCCCUCCAUCAAGAGCUUCAGCCUGCUGGGCCUGAAGAAGAGCUCCCGCAGGCUGAGGAUUCCCCCGAGCCGCAGCUGCGAGGACCUGGACGGGCCCCCCUCCACCCAGGAGCUGUGGAAGCGCUCACACUCCCUGGGGGACCUCCACUGGGAGCAGGCCUUUGACAGGAAGAAGGUCCACAGCCCGGAGCUCAAACCUGCCCAGGGCCCCAAGCGUGAAGGGCAGGAAGAAGGACGGCUCCAGCUUACGGCUACUCCAGGAAGUGACUCUGUUUGUCCUGACGGCCAAACAGACCGGCCAUCUCUGCCCACACAGCUGCCUAUCAGGUCACCCUCCAGCUGUCCACAGUCCCCAGAGGUGGAUCAGCCUGCCAUAACCAGCCCCUCAGAAUCGUCCCCAGGGGAAAAGAAUGUAAGGACACACCCAAAAAAGCCUCCUGUGCCCCCUCCGGUCCCCGUCAAAAAGUCCCGGGAGCGUUUGGCUAACGGGCUGUGCCACCCAACACUGCUCUUGCCAAGUCCCAGUGCACCCUCUCUGCCCGCCAAGGUGACCAGCAACCCUGCCAGCCCCUUGGAAGGCAACCCUCCGUGCCCCACCUCUCCUGAGGAUCCAGGCACCCCUCCCGCUGCACCCCCGCCCUGGCUGUCUGACCUCCCGGAGUCCGCUUGCCCUCAGAUUCACGGAGUCAAGAUGGCUGUCGGCAGGAAGAUCUCACAUACCAAGGUUUCCAACCUGGAAUCCCUACUGGAGGAGAGGCUUGAUUCAGAAGGCAUCGACCUCACCGAGGAGCCUUACUCUGACAAGCAUGGUCGCUGUGGGAUUCCCCAGUCCCUGGUCCAGAGGUACUCUGAGGACCUGGAGCAGCCAGUGAAGGACGUGGCCUCCACCAUGGACCAGAUCCGGGUCAAGCAGCUCCGCAAAGAGCACCGCAUGGCAAUCCCAUUCGGAGGUUUGACGGAGAUGUGCAGGAAGCCGCUGUCCCCGGGACAGGUCAGCACCGUGUCGGACUGGCUGGUGUCGAUCGGAUUGCCCAUGUACAUUAACUCCUUCCUGGCGGCAGGGUAUGACUCUCUGGCUCAGAUCUCGUCCCUGACUGAGAGCGGGGUGCUGGAGGCGGGCGUGCGGGAGGAGCGGCACAUACACCGGCUGCUGGCGGAGGCCCGGCAGGUGGAGGCCCAAAGCACGCAGUCGUAACGCGGAGGACCGCAGAGCCUCAACGCGGAUGACUGCAGGGGCCUGCGCAGACGACUGCAGGGCUUCCCUGAGAAGACCUGCAGCUGCGGCGCAUGACUGCCGCUGCAGCUACAACGUGGACAACGCCGCUGUCGCAACGCGGACUUGCUGCAGCGGACUGCCAUUGCAGCAACAGCCAAGACUUUCGAGUAAUCUCCUCUCCUUCCAUUUCCGUAUUCCAGAUGUUUACUAUAUGAUUGUUCAGACUGCCAAGAAUAGACGUUGGAGGCCUUUAAAAAAAAAAAAAAAACAUUCUCUCUUUCAAUAACGUUUCCUUUAGAAACGAGUGCUGGUCUUACUGCAGAAGACAGAACUGCCUUUGAAGAAAUAGCACAGGUUUGGGUUUUUUUGCAGUUUGAGUUUUAUAAAAAAAAUAUGAAAGCC